AUGUCCGUCGCACAGAACCCCCUCAGCUCCGACCUGAUCUGGGCCGUGACCCGCAACAACAACUCCUUCCUCGUCAAGCGCCAGGGACUCAAGCCUUUCUCCCGCGACCCUCUCAACCUCACCAACAAGCACUCCCGCAAGUAUGUCGGUUACGCCAACGCUCAGGCCAUCGGCAUCCAACCCGACAGCAACACCAUCGCCGUAACCACCAAGACCUCCAAGCAAAACCAGCCCGCCAAACUCUACCACACAUCCUCCUACUCGGCCUCCACCCCAUCCCGUAAACUCUACAAGAACAUCGUCAACUCCACCGCCAAGAAGGGCUACCGCGCGGACCUGCGCUCCGAAGCCGUGUCUCGCGCUUCCGCCAUUCGUGCCAGCCAGAGGGAGAACAAGAAGGACCGAAAUGCCAAGCCAAGAGGUGCUAAGCACCGCAAGGCCCAGCAGGCUGAGUUCUUGAAGUUGACUGCGGAGAACUAA